AUGAGUUAUGUUUGCCUGGUGUCGAAAAUCGAUUUGGGCAGCAAAAUCGGCUGUUUUUGGGACACCAAAAACGAGGCAAGCAGAAAUUCGAAGCAGGUGUUUUUAAAAGCCGAGCUUUUUACUGAUCCCCAGGUAAGUAACGGUUUCCCAAGUCAGUCGAUCAACGUGGAGCAACCGCAGAAAACUAAAAUUCAAAUGCUGCACAUCUGGAUUCUAAUGCUGCUGGCUGGAUUUCCAGCGGCCACUCGAUCGGAGGAUCUGCUGGAGUUGUCCUGCAGCUCGGACGUCCAGUGUGCGCAGUUUGAGCGCGGUCGCUGUGUGGACAUGGCCUGCAUCUGCACGGCACGUGGUUCCGGGGAAAAGGUGGCCUGUUCUCCCGUGGAGGAGAAGCUGACGAACAUCAUCGGCGGCCCCUGUCCGUGUCCCAUGCCGAAUGCGAUCUGCUUUGCAAAAUGGGACCAGUGCAUCUGCUCCGCGGGAUUCGUGCCCAGUGCGGAUCGCAGGAGGUGUCUGCCGGAGGUGGUCAGAAUGGGCGGAGAGUGCGAGUUCCAGCGGCAGUGCCAGCUGGCGGAUCGCUUCAGCUCCUGCUCCGCCAACCAGUGCCUCUGUCGCAACCACUUCGAGCUCCACGAGGGACGAUGCCUGGCCGUGCUGCAAUCCAGCUGCCGCGAGGAUAAAGACUGCGACGGCUGCGGCGCCUCCAUUUGCCUCACCAAAACCAAGAAGUGCGGCUGCGCACCGAACUUUGUGCACAACCGCAACAUGACCAAGUGCAUCCCGGGAGCCGCCUACGGCGAGUCCUGCGAGCACAGCCCUCCGUGCAAACUAAACCUGGAGGCCGAUGGCCAGUGCCUGGAUCACAUUUGCAGCUGCCGACCGUCGCACUACCCCAAAAGGGUAGCCAACGAGGUGGGCAAGAGGGAUGAACUGGACGAGGACCUGGACAGCCAGCGGGAGCGGAUCAUUUGUGAGCCCAUCGUGCCGUUCGGAGCACUCUGUCGCCACGACAGCGAGUGUCGCAACGAAUCACUGGAGGCGGACAACGUCACUGAGCCCGCUGCCAUGGUCUGCAAGUGGGGCGAGUGCUCCUGCAGCGAGACCCACCGAUUGGAGGACAACAAGUGCAUCUUCGUGGAGAGUGGAGCAGCCAGUAAUCAAGCAGUGGGCUUCGUGGCCCUUCUCCUUCUUCAGUUUACAAUGGUUCUUUAUUAGGGGAGUGUAUAGCAAAAAAAAACAUGUUAAACUUAUCCAUAAAUGAAUUGAACGAAACGGG